GACGGCUGGGACAACCUUAGGGGCAUCUCUCCACGAUUUUAUCUCAUCCGUUUGGCCCUGCUGCUGCUGUGCUGCCCCUUCUCUAGGGUUUUGACUCCUAAACCGCCGCCCCCGUCCUCCCGCGCCGCCAUGAUGCAGCCGCCGCCGCCGCCGCAGUGGGCAAUGGGGCCGCCGCCUCCUCCGCAGUACUUCCAGGCUGGCCCUCCGCCGCCGCCGCCACAGUACUUCCAGGGGGCGCAUCCACCCGCUGCCAUGUGGGGCCAGCCCCCGCCGCCGCAGGCUGCCCCUCCGCCGGCGCCGGCUGGUGGCGCAGCAGGGGACGAGGUGAGGACCCUGUGGAUCGGCGACCUCCAGUUCUGGAUGGAAGAGAACUACCUGUACAACUGCUUCUCCCAGGCCGGCGAGCUUAUCUCAGCAAAGAUAAUUCGGAACAAGCAAACUGGGCAACCUGAGGGUUAUGGUUUCAUUGAAUUUGGCAGCCAUGCUAUAGCCGAACAAGUUCUGCAAGGCUAUAAUGGUCAAAUGAUGCCUAAUGGUAAUCAGGUUUUCAAAUUAAAUUGGGCGACAAGUGGUGCUGGCGAGAAGCGUGGAGAUGAUGGCUCAGAUUAUACUAUAUUUGUUGGGGAUCUCGCCUCGGAUGUUACAGAUUUAAUUCUUCAAGAUACAUUCAAGGCCCAUUACCAAUCAGUUAAGGGUGCAAAAGUUGUCUUUGACAGAAGUACUGGUCGUUCAAAAGGCUAUGGAUUUGUUAAGUUUGGAGAUUUGGAUGAACAGACACGUGCAAUGACUGAAAUGAAUGGACAAUAUUGUUCUAGCAGGCCUAUGCGUAUUGGACCAGCAUCCAACAAGAAAAAUAUAGGUGGCCAACAACAACCAAGUGCUACAUACCAGAAUACACAAGGAACAGAUUCUGAUAGCGAUCCAAACAAUACUACUGUAUUUGUUGGUGGUCUUGAUCCAAGUGUGACUGAUGAGGUUCUGAAACAAGCCUUCAGUCCAUAUGGAGAACUUGUCUACGUCAAAAUACCUGUAGGAAAGCGUUGUGGAUUUGUUCAAUAUUCCAAUAGGGCUUCAGCUGAGGAGGCCAUAAGGAUGCUAAAUGGAAGCCAAUUAGGAGGUCAGAGCAUAAGGCUUUCAUGGGGUCGUAGCCCUGGAAACAAGCAGCAGCCUCAGCAAGACCAGAACCAAUGGAAUGCUGGCUAUUAUGGAUAUCCCCCCCAAGGAUAUGAUCCAUAUGGUUAUGUUCGGCCGCCUCAAGAUCCUGCCAUGUACGCUUAUGCAGCAUAUCCUGGAUACGGGAAUUAUCAACAACCAGCGCCACAGCAGCCCCCUCAACAGUAAGAACAAGUGUUGGUCAAGUGCCCUAUCACAACAUAUGAUGAAAUAGUUUUGGCAACUUUGGUGUAAUUGGCAUGAAAAUUUUUUGAACUGUUGCUUGUGCUAUCUUUGUUGAACGUCGUGUGCACGCCCAGCCUAUGUUGUAACAUGACAUUUUACUGAGGCCUAGGUGACACUAGAAUGACAGCUUUUAGGGAGGGAGUAUUGGAGUGAACAUUUUUCGCUUGCUCAAAAAGUUUUGUCGCCAUGGGUACCAUUAGAAGAGGAGUUGAGCAAGAAAUAAUAAGUUUGUAACAUUAGACAUCGGCGUACAUUUUAAUCGGGCACUUUGGUAUUAUUGCACUGGAGCCGUUUUCUGUU